UCCUACUCAGUUGUGAUAAAACAAAGAAGUCCUACUUGUAUAACUCAGCCGUUGUUGAUUUCUUUUCGGCAGUCAGCCAUUACUAACGACAAACUUUAAGCUUAAAGACACCUCACAACUGCAAAUCCAACAAAUAAUUUGACUCUGCUCAUGCAGUUGACACCUCAUUCAUUACAAAUUUUGUCUAUAUUUCCUCUUUCUCACAUCAAGUGUCUGGAACUUUAGUUUUGUAGCAAAAAUCCCUUCAUUCUUGAACGAGUGUUGCUAUUUAACACCCCUACAAAAAGCUCCAAACUUUAGCAGGUACACUUUGAGAAAUCUGAAACUUACCCUUUUCAUUUCACACGCUUUUCUUGUUCUUUCCCCCCACCACAAGGUACUGGCAGAUAAAGCUUGCCCCUUUUUGGCACAGAGGCUGCUGCACAUUAUCAGUGUUUGCUCUUCCUUUCAUUUUGGAAAUUGGGAUCUAGUAUUGUCAAAUUCUUGUAGUGUUUGAGGUUAUUUCUCAUCUGGGUUCAGCUCAAUUUUUUCGCUUAUGCCUGUGUUCAAAGAGGGGUGAAGCUGAGUAGGAUAAAAGCCAAUGGGCUUCGCAUCCUUCUUGUUAAUCUUUCUGACACUUUGUCCUGCAUUGGCACAAAUAGUUGAAGAUACAGAAUUUUUGAUUGAUGGAACUGUAAAAAUUGCUGAGACAGAUGAUAAUUAUGUUUGCGCUACCCUUGACUGGUGGCCUAAAGAAAAGUGUAACUACAACGAAUGCCCUUGGGGCUCGGCAUCUCUGAUAAAUCUGGAUUUGUCUCACCCCUUUCUGGCAAAUUCUAUUCAAGCUUUCAACCAUUUGAGAUUACGACUUGGAGGUUCUUUGCAAAACCGAAUAAUAUAUGAUGUGGGCAAUUUGGAGUCUCCUUGCCACCCGUUUACCAAGCAGGGGGAUGAGUUGUUUGGAUUUUCAAAUGGAUGCUUACAUAUGGAUAGAUGGGAUGAGCUAAAUAGUUUUUUCAAUAAGACAGGAGCACUUGUGACCUUUGGCCUGAAUGCAUUGCGAGGGAGGCAGCGGACCAGUAAGCGUGUCUGGGAAGGGAAUUGGGAUUCCAGCAACGCCCAUGAUUUCAUAUAUUACACUGUUUCCAAGGGCUACCAAAUACACUCGUGGGAAUUUGGAAAUGAGUUGAGUGGUAAGGGUAUUGGUGCAAAGGUUGAUGCCGAACAAUAUGGAGAAGAUGUUAUACAUCUUAACAAUCUCAUAGACCAAUUGUAUAAGCAUUUUCAACCCCGACCACUUCUCUUAGCACCAGGAGGAUUCUACGAUAAAGAGUGGUUCGAGACGUUCCUUGAAGUGUCAGGGCCAGGCACUGUCGAUGCCUUGACUCAUCAUAUAUAUAAUCUUGGUCCAGGAUCUGACCUCAAUCUCGUAAACAAAAUUUUAAAUCCUCUGCACUUAAAUAAAAUUGCUGAUACAUUCAGUAAUCUUAUCCAAACCAUUGAAAUAAAUGGUCCUUGGACUUCAGCUUGGGUUGGAGAAUCUGGUGGGGCCUUCAAUAACGGAGGUCCUAACGUGUCUAACACCUUUGUGAACAGUUUUUGGUACUUGGAUCAGCUUGGGAUGGCAGCCAUUUAUCACACUAAAGUAUAUUGCAGGCAGACUUUUAUUGGUGGAAACUAUGGGCUCCUUGACACAAGUACAUUUGUCCCAAAUCCUGAUUAUUAUAGUGCACUUCUUUGGCAUCGGCUGAUGGGAAAAGGAGUUCUUGCUGUUAGCAACAAUGCAUCAUCAUAUCUGCGCUCAUAUGCCCAUUGUACAAGACAUAGAGCAGGUGUAACAUUACUAUUGAUCAAUCUAAGCAACCAAACUCAUUAUGGAGUCAACAUCGAAUCUAGUGUAAGCAUCACCUCGCAUGUCAAAGAGAAAUCAAAUCACAAGAGUUCUUUCGUGCAACGUCUUAAGAAAACUAUUUCAUGGGUUGGAAGAAAAUCAUCAGAUGUUACAUUAUCACGAGAAGAGUACCAUCUGACUCCACUAGAUGGAAACCUUCAAAGCAGAACCAUGCUCUUGAAUGGAAAACCAUUACAACUCACAGAAAAUGGGCACAUCCCAAGUUUGUCUCCAGUCCUUGUAAACCUGAAGUCUCCAAUAUCGGUUUCCCCCUUGUCCAUCAAAUUCAUAGUAUUCCCCAACUUUAGCUCUCCUGUUUGUACAUAAGGAUUAGGAGAUACUUGUGCCUAAUAGCUAUAAUCUGGCACUCUAUCUAUUCAUACCUUAGUAAUUGUAUAAUUGCUACAAUAAACUGAGCUGCAAAAUUUUAUACAGUUAUGUAUUAUAUGGCUAGAUAAAUCCCUCCCCCUACUAGUGUUUCCAGGAACAUGUAUCUUGUCAUGUAAGUUCUUUAUCAACUCGCAGAAUUAGAUGUAAUUUAGCUUCCUCUUGGUG